CAGGCCUCUCUCCCUCUCUCUCUCUACACGUAGCUGAAUGUGAGAAUUGCUCAUCUUUCAACAUGGCAGGAAAUGAGAAAGUGGAUAUGGUUCAUCAGAACGCAAUUCACAUCGAGACGAUACGGAAAGAACAGAGACACCAGAAGCUUCACACGGAGUUCAGCAUCAAUCCACGCAAGAAAUUACAUGUCCUGCCAGAUAAACCCAUGGCAGCUAAACCAGCAGAAGUGAUUGGAGAGAAUUCAGACUUCAUUGAAGCUUUCCACAGAGCACGCCAGGAACCCACCAAGAAAUAUGCCAUGCCAAUGACCGAGAGUCAGGAGAUAGGAUGGGUGUCGGCUCCACUGAUUCCACCGAACCGCGACGACAAGAGGCUCAAUUUCAGCCGAACGAGCACGGACAUCACAAAACACAAAGAAUCUGCUCUGCGAGCCGCGAAUUAG